GGGCUGACAGCUGUCCCGGAGGAUGCUGCCCGGCUUCGGCCCUUAUCGCUCCCGCCCCGUUCCUUCCCGGAAUCCAACACCCUCCCUCCACCCGCCCUGCCUCUCCCCUGCGCAGCGACCGGGACCCGCCCCUGGGUUCCUCGAAAGCCCGGCGGGGCGCCGGGAGACCCUAGAGGCUACCCGCCCGGCCCCUGGCGGGUCGCCACGGAGCGGGGGGAGGCGGGAGGGGAGCAGAGAAGCGCGAAGAUGCUGCCGCAGCGGAGGAGCCGGGACCCGCCAUCCCCGUCCCCGCCCUGCGCGGUCCGGCCUCUCCAGCUUUCCCUUCGCGCGCCUCCGCGCCCCCUCAGCCUCCGGCGCGGAAGCCGGUCCCUCACGCCCCCUCCAGGCCCCCGGUGUCUUCUCGCUCGCCCGGCCUAUCCCUCGGCAAGCUCAGUCUCUCUUUCCCCCUUCCACUCUCCUUCCUUUCCCUUCCCGGUGCCCUUUUCUCUUCUCGUGUCCUGGAGUUCCCGGACAGGGGCUGAGGGCCGGGCAAUGGAGUGACCACAGCUCCCCAGGAGCCCCCUGCCCGGCCUCCCCCGGCGGGCAGUGGCGUCAGCCGGGCCCCUGGGCGCGCCAUGCGCAGCACCACGCUCCUGGCGUUGCUGGCCUUGGUCCUGCUCUACUUGGUGUCCGGUGCCCUGGUGUUCCAGGCGCUGGAGCAGCCCCACGAGCAGCAGGCCCAGAGGGAGCUGGGGGAGGUCCGAGAGAAGUUCCUGAGGGCCCAUCCGUGUGUGAGCGACCAGGACCUGGGGCUCUUCAUCAAGGCUAUGGCAACGCGGCCCUGCGCACAGACGCCGGGCGCCUCUUCUGCAUCUUUUACGCGCUGGUGGGGAUCCCGCUGUUCGGGAUCCUGCUGGCAGGUGUCGGGGACCGGCUGGGCUCCUCUCUGCGCCGCGGCAUCGGUCACAUCGAAGCCAUCUUCCUGAAGUGGCACGUGCCACCGGAGCUGGUGCGAGUACUGUCGGCGGUGCUCUUCCUCUUGAUCGGCUGUCUCCUCUUUGUCCUCACGCCCACGUUCGUGUUCUGCUAUGUGGAGGGCUGGAGCAAGCUGGAGGCCAUCUACUUCGUCGUAGUGACGCUCACCACGGUGGGCUUCGGGGACUAUGUGGCCGGCGCCAGCCCCAACCAGAACAAUGCAGCUUACCAGCCGCUGGUGUGGUUCUGGAUCCUGCUCGGCCUGGCCUACUUCGCUUCAGUACUCACCACCAUCGGGAACUGGCUUCGUGUAGUGUCCCGGCGCACUCGGGCAGAGAUGGGCGGCCUCACGGCGCAGGCCGCCAGCUGGACCGGCACCGUGACUGCGCGGGUGACCCAGAGAGUUGGGCCCACAGCACCACCGCCGAUGGAGAAGGAGCGGCCAUUCCUGCCUCCACCGCCGUGCCCAGCGCAGCCCGCCGGCGGGCCCCAGUCCCCUGCGCUCCCCGCGAAGGCUGAGCCGCCUUCCCCGCCGUCCCCGCCCACCCCGCCCACGGCCUCCGCGCUGGAUUACCCCAGCGAGAACCUGGCCUUCAUCGACGAGUCGUCUGACACCCAAAGCGAGCGUGGCUGCGCACUGCCCCGCGCGCCACGGGGUCGCCGUCGCCCCCCUAACCCUCCCCGGAAGCCCGUGCGGCCGCGGGGCCCAGGGCGUCCCCGGGAAAAAGGCGUGCCGGUGUAGGGGCAGGACCCCCGCCUGGGCCUCUCCAAGGGCUUCGUUCUCGCUCUCCCCGGCAUGCUCUGCUUGUUUGACCAAAGAGGCCUCUUUCGACCGGACUGAGGUCGGGGAGGAAGCUACGGGUUGCUUGUCUGCCACAUUCCCCCCCCCCCCGCCCCGCUCCGGGCCCUCACCUAUCCAUUUGCAGACCCCCCCAAGGCUUUCUGUCUAGCUGUCCCGGCUGGGCCCGUCCCUCACAACACCUCACGACUGUGCCUCAAAGCCUGCAUCAAUAAACGAAAACAGUUUGCACCGCU